GACAUCUACAGUCUCGUUUUUUGUUACAUAAAUAGUUGUAUUUACCGCUUAUUCCGUCGGACACCCGAAAUGUUGACGAUAUGUGCAUGGUAGUUAAUGUAGUCAUUCGUGAACGACAGUUAAGUGUUGAAAGUCGAUAAGGAUUGUAUUUUUCCGAAACGCUCGACAAUAUGUUUAAAAGGAGCGUGUGUUUGGCUAGAGGUAUUUAUUUACCUCGUGUAUACAUGUGUACAAAUCCUUCAACAGUUAGUGAUAAUGAAAUGAGGAAAUUUAAAGAACUGGCAAACCAAUGGUGGGAUGCAAAUGGUCCUUUGAAACCUCUCCAUUCAUUCAAUUCAAUAAGAGUGCCAUUUAUUGUGAACGGUUUGGCGGCAGUUAACCCCAGUUUGGAAAUUGAAAGCAGUCUAAUCUUAAAAGAUCUGAAGAUACUAGACGUAGGCUGCGGUGCUGGUGUUUUGUCUGAACAAAUAGCACGAAUGGGUGCGAUGACGACAGCUGUCGAUCCUUGCAGUGAUAUUAUAGCUGCAGCGCAGUCCCAUUUAGAAUUAGACGAAAACCUUAAGACUCUUACAUACCUGUGCUCUACUAUCGAAGAAAUCGCAGAGAAAGAGCCUGAGUAUUACGAUGCUGUUAUCGCUUCUGAGGUGGCAGAACACGCAACAGAUUAUAAGGUGUUUGUAUCACAUUGUUGUAAAGCGCUCAAGCCUGGUGGAUCCAUUUUCAUCACGACAGUAAAUCGUACACUUGUGUCACGAGUAUUUGGAAUCUGGGCAGCGGAAUAUGUUUUUGGAAUUUUGCCCAAAGGAACACACGAAUGGGAGAAAUUUAUUACACCAACAGAACUUGAAAGGAGUUUAGAAGACAACGGAUGUGUUGUGAAAAGUACACAGGGUGCUUUAUACAACAUCUUAAAUAAUUCGUGGUAUUCUUGUCCAAGUCAAGGCAUUAAUUACUUUAUUCAUGCUGUAAAACAUAAAGAUCAGGAUAAAUAAAGAGUAUUUGUAUUAGA